AUGGAUUCCACUAUCGAUCAACUAGGGAUUCCUGAAGACUAUGUUGAUGGCCUUGCACUCGCCUCGCAGAUGGUAGGCGAGAGCCAGAGGACCAUCUCUGAGUGGCUACGUGAGGAAGAGGGCACUAUUCCCGACUCCCAAGGCGAGGACGGUAUUGAUGUCACACGCGAAGAGGACGACACCAGACCAGCCACCUUUGACAUUGAACGCACACGCCUGCAGUUCGUAGACGCUUGGAAGGGUGGAGUCAAGGCCUUUAUCGACCAUUUCGUCGACGAGGAGAUCCGCCUGGGCACUUUCCGCAACGUCAGUCGUGCCAUCGUCGCGAGGCUCAUCUACUGCAUCGUGCUCACGACUCCAAGGCCAAUCCUGGACGCUCUCAUUCAUGGUGACCUUAUGGCCAGACUUCACAACGACACCGACCUUGACGAGGCAUGGAAGGCAUUGGAAGGCGUUUGCGAAGAAUACGAGACGACCCCGGGAAUCUAUGCGGUUUUUCUCGUUGCCAAGGACACCUUCACACCACCGAGCGCAGAGGAGCUGUUGGAGUGGGCGGAGCAGGCACUGGUUGAGUAUGCCGAGAAUGACAAGUACGCCAACAAGGUCGAUAACGCAAGGGGUGGCAACGGACCUGACAUGGCCGAGUCUCGUGGGGGCUACCGGAAAUACCUGACCACAACUGGCGUCCUUCCCAGCAAGAGCCGCUCGCAGCAACUCACCGUUUUUGUCGAGAAUCUGAGGACGAGAUUCCGGCCACUCAGUUUCGACGAGCAGAAGCUGCCUCUAAAACGAGCGCUGCCGUACUUUGGCUUCUCUACAUUCAUGGACAAGAGGAUGGGUCAGCAUGCCAAAGGCACCAGCUCCAAUUGGCUUAUGGGCCUUUUCGAAUCCAUCUCGAUCCUGGAGACCGACCACAAAUACACCUUGUAUAUUCUGCCGGUAUACUUGAUCCCAAGUGCAUUCCUAGCCGAGUUGUCGGAGAUUUUCUUCGCCAAAUUGGGACAGAGUAUGGUCAGUGGAGGAGGCGGAUUCAACAUAAGGCCACCAGGGCUCAAUAACAGCUCGGCUCUUGAUGUCAAUACCGAUGAAUGGGAGGAGAUUCGCAUACGAGUGGAGGAGGCCGUUGAUAUCCAGGCGAAUAGAGAGUAUUACCGAUCGGAGUUCGAAACAAGGAUCAAGCAACUGGACGACGAGUUGAGAGACGCAGAGUAUGAGGCGAGGAGGGAAAAGGAGUUGGAAGACGAACUGGCUGAGGUCCAAGCCCAGCUGAUCGAGGCAUUGAAGCCACUACCAGAGGAGAAGGAUUUGGACGAGGUUCUGAGCCGCAUCACGAAAUCCAUGCCGAAGGUCGAAGGUCUAAGGCCAGGGGCCAUCGAAUGA